AUGCCCAAGAACGUGUCCAUGACCCACUGGUUCUCCUCGGGCUCGCCAUCAAACAAGUACGUGAGGCCCGGCUGGGGGCCCAUGGGCUGGCCCGGCCAGGGUGGGACGCUGCUGGCACCAACACCCGUGCUGGCAAAGUGUGCCUGGUUUUGUGGCGGCAGCGUCGUUUGCGACGCUUGCGACGGCGAGAUGUGGAAGCGCUGGCUCUCGUCGACGUGCAGCGCCGACGACUGCGACGACAAGGACGCCAGCCGCAGUGUGGCCGAGGGAGGAGCCUGCGAGGGCGCGUCUGCCUAUGACGUGGCGCUGGGUGCGCGUAGGGAGACGGCGGGGGGUGGCCUGUGCUGUGCGCGCGUGGAGCGGCUGCGGCGUCGCGGCGACAGUGGCUGGGAUGAGACGGCGUGCUGGAGGGAUGCGCUGGCACGACACAGCGCCCUGGUCUUGCUCGCUCCCGCUGUUGAGCGAUCGCAGAAUCAAGACCAUGGCCGCGCAGUAGGCAUAGAAGACGUCCAUGGCCGAGACGCCGUUGACCAGCCCGAACGAGUCGGCAAGAAGAACAAGGCGGCAGAGCUGCACAGCGUUCUGGACGCAAAGAUCGGCCAGGGUGGGCGGUGCCGCGGAUGUCGACGUCGACGGCGACGGCGAUGGCCCGCCCUCCUGUACGACGGGCGCUGUCCGCGCUGCACGUGCCGCCAUCGAGCAGAGCAGGGCCGACCGCGUCGACAGCACGGCCACAUAGCGGUACUGCAUAUGCAAGACGAGGGCCGCCCGCAAGCGCGGGCGACUCUGCCAGGCGAGCAUGUUCUUGAGGCUGUCGAGGUCCAUGGAGGGCGUCGACGGCUGUGCCUCCGCCACGAAAACGUCGCGCCCGCUGCCCGUGGUCUCGGUGAUUUGCGGAAUGUCGAGGAAGCGACAGCCGGCCACCGCCGUCCGCCAUUCGUCGAGGCGCUGGAGGAUCUCGCGGGCGCUCUGUUCCUGGCGCAGGCGGCGGCUCCCGAGACCGACCGUCUUGACGGCCGCCGAGACGCGGGCACCGGCGAGGAUCGUCUGCAGGCGAAGCAGCAGAGUCGCCAUGGCCCCGUCGUCGUCGUCGUCGUCGGCACCGCCGCCGCCGUCGAGAAUCUCGGCCCGCGGCGGCACAAUCUCGACUUCAUUCGCGUCGCUGGUCGACGAGAACGCCGACGAGAACGCCGACAGGCUCGACAGGCCCGAGGGGCGUCCGAGCGACGACGCCAGAAACUGCUCCAGGCCAAACAGCGUGCAGAACACGCGCCGCCGCACUUCGCGCUCGACCGGCCGCAGGUGCUCCGCGCCCACGGUGCAGCGGUGCAGCCCCACGGCGAAGGCGGCGCGGGUGGCCGUGCCGACGAGGUUCCACGCCGCGUUGCGCUCGUUGUGGUUGUGGAGGUACAGGGCCAGCAGCAGCAGGGCGCGGAUGUUGGCGAGCGUGCAUCGCGAGAUGAAGCGGGGCAGCAGGCGGAAGCGGGUCAGAGAGACGCAGUGCUUGCGCAGGGAGGCCAGGUCGACGUCGUCGUGCGUCCGGCGCGACGAGGCCGCCGUCGACGGUGUCGUGGUGGAUGGGAGACGAUGGUGGCUUGCCGACGAAGAGACGGCCGGCGUCACGAGCGACGCAAACGCAAGGAUCAUGUGCAGACAGCCCAGCCAGCCCGGAUCGGCCGUUGGCGUCUCGGUGCGACGCCGCGGGUGGUAGAACGACUCACGAUCGGGAAUGUACCGCUCGUACUCCUCCUCAAAGGUGCCGCGGUGGAAGAGCGGGAAGUCGGGGUGGACGCUCUUGAAGUAGACGCGAAUCAGGGCGUCCAGCACAUGCCGGGGCGGCAGUUGGGCCACGAUGCUGUCGACGUCUUCCGGGUGGAUCGUGGCGCAUUCACGCGCCAAUGCCGAGCUGCUGGACAUGGGCGAUGGGCGAUCGUCCAUGAGCGGCGUGUGGUGAUGUGGUGCCGGCGGCGCAUCACCGCCGUCGUGCGAGUUGUCUGCCUCGAGCGCCUGGGCGGCAUCUUCUUCGGUGAACGUGGUGGACAGGCGCUGUGA